AUGACGACGACGACGUACAACGAUGAAAAUGAAGAAGACGAAGACAACGAGAAAGAAGCAGCAGCAGCAGCAGCAGCAGAAGAAGAUGAAGAAGAAGGAGCAGCAUUCAGAGAGACAUGUGUUUCCAAAUUCUGUCACAUCGACAUCCGAUUUAUCAGCCUUUUGCUAUCAGCGAGUAAAUUGGGCGAAUGA